UGGCCAGGCGGGACGGCCUCGCCGGUCCCCCGGAUGAAGGGGCGAGGCCCGAACAACCUCCGGUCUCUCCUGCCCCAGGUGCGGUUUGGUGGCCCUUUGGAUGGCCGGCGCGCCGCUCUCCUUGCCCUCCGGAGUCCCCCUGGAGAGGAUCGUGCAGGUGGCCCUGCAGAGAGGCUACACGGCGCAGGGAGAAAUGUUCUCAGCCGCGGACAUGGCCAAGCUGGCUGAGGAGGUCUUUCCCUGUACGACGCAGCUGCUCUCGGGAGGCUUGCAAGGACAGAACCGCGAACGGAUCCUUCAGCACCUAGGUGCCGGCUUCCCUGUGCUGAUACCCUACGAUGAGGACUACAACCACGAGCCCUGCCUCCGGAAUGGCUACAAGGCCCAUUGGGCCAUUGCUUCAGGAGCUCUGCUUGGUCUGAAGAGUGAUUUCCAGCUACCUGCCUGCCAGGAAGACGAGGACAUCCCAGGGCUCUUCCAUGCCAGCCCCACUGCUUCAGCUGUCCCCUUGGAGGCUGUUGCUGAGACAUACUUGUUGUCAAAGCAGGGCAAGAGUUGCCGCUAUCAGCUGUGGAACUAUUCUCAGGUGCAGGAGAGCAACGCCCAGCUGACAGGCUUCAGUCCCAGACGGGCAGCUGAUGGAAAGGUUUACAUUGUGCCAGCAGGAGGGGUGCGAGAGGGACUGUGUGGAAAAGCCGUGCUGCUGCGGCCAAGGCCCUGAGGGUGCUCUAGCAGGAGGCCUCGGUUGGAAGGAGGCUGUUUUCCAAAGCCACUUCUGCACCUGGCUUUGUAGAAGCUCUGCUGGGUUGUUAAAGGGACUUAGACAAAUUCAUGGAGACAGCUCGCUUUUAGCAGUGCCUUGAGAGGGGCUACAAACGCUAAGGGAUGUUGGGAGGCAAGAAAGAGAGACUGUUCCCUCCCUGUCUUAUGAGUCCUUGGAUAACUCUGAUUAACCAGGAUGUCUGGACAGGUGAACCUGCGUUCAUGUAAGGCAAGGCAGUCACUGGGGUGGGCCACAAUACCUAGGGCCCCAAUCCACCAUCAAAAAACGUCCCCCUGCAAGCUUCCUUCAGCACAAACAGGCAAUGUGUUAGAUGUUGUACUCCUGUCUUCUUAGGGCCUGAAACCAUGAUUGAUCUCAGGAGUCCAAUCCCCAGAAGGCCAAGCAGGCUGCUCCCCUGCUUUAGGUUAGCAGGUCAUCUUCUGCCCCCCAGCCCCAGCACGCAGCUUCUGCAAGAGGGAAUGUUUUCUUGGUAGAUAGUCAUCCCCCCUUCCACAGUAGCUCUGAGGCAGCCUAACAGUUAUCCUUCUCUGCUUCAUUUUCAGAAUAGCAAGUCUUACAUUUUUUCAGCUGUCUGAAACUUCAUUUGUUUCAAAGCGAGACUGGGUUAGAUCUUUAAUUCCAGUACUUUUUUUUAAGUACUAUAGUUGGGGAGACCCAAACUUAUACUCGAAGGCCCCUCUUGAAACCCAUUUAUGCCUACCAACCCUGCAUUAAAACUUUGUGUGUCAGUGGAUGAAAGAUGGGAGGAAACAGCUUUCAGAUAGCUUAAAUUGCCUCUCUGCAAUCUGCUUCUUGGUGUCAGAAACGAGAAGAGCUUACUGUUCUGAUUAUAAGCAAGUCAGACUUUGGAAAUGUAUACAGGACGGAAUGGGAGAGAUGCCUGCAUGAAAGUCUUUUUUCCUCAAGUUCCUGUAUCUUUUCCCCCUGUGUGGGUGGUAUUAAUUUAAUAAAGGAGCACGACUCUCCUUGA